GGGGGCGCACUGGAGGAAGCGGCGCGCGCGGAGGAGGCCAGAGCCCGAGUCACCGUGCCGGACCCGCGGGGGACGCAGGGUUCUCGGGAGCCCCCCGCUUCCCUUUGCCGAUGAGGAAGCGGAGGCCCGGGACACCUGCUCCCUCUCCCCACCCUCCAAACUGCCCGCCCCCGGGGCUGGGGGGUGCUGGCCGGGGACCACAUCCGAAACCAGGGUUCUCCGCCUAUAAAUCGAGAGGCUCUUGGCGAAAGCCCUUUGUAAAGAGGCACCUGCUGGGGCGCCACCCGCAAUGGCUCCUGCAGUCACAAGUGCCCGAGUUUGGGAGCCUCCGGUCAGAACAAGGCCCAAAGCACAGGGACAAACCUCUCCCUACACAGGGUCCCAGUCUCCCACAGAUCUUGGUCAGAUCUGGAGCAGCACCUCCCUCCUGAGAGGUGCUGGACUUUUGUGAUUGGAUUUUAGGAAGAGAAUUUCACCUCCUGGUCUGUUUUCUCUGUUCUGUGAUCAGCGUUUAUCAGCUUAAACUGGAAGGAGUCAGUGUUAAUAAGGCGUCACAAAACCCCCAAGGGUUUGCAAGGAGGUACACCGGAUGCCACAAAGCCUCUGACUAGCCCGGUCUGGCCAACGUGGGGACUGUGAGCUAGACUUUGGCUUCCUGAUUAGACCAAACUCUACCUUGCUUUUUACCGGAAAAGGCAGCUACGGCAGCAUUCCGCCCCAGGCAGCAGAAGACAGAUCUUAAUCAAGUGAACUAUUAUAGCUUCAAAGGCCUUAUAAUACCCUCCUAGAAUUUUCUGAACCAGGAACUGCUUGUGUGGUCAAGUAUAUAUUAAACACUCUUUCUUGCUCCAGUUAGGUUGGAAAUUCUAUGAUGCAGAUGACUAUCACCCGGAGGAAAAUCGAAUGAAGAUGGAAAAAGGGAUCCCGCUGAAUGACCAGGACAGGAUUCCAUGGCUCUGCAACUUACAUGACAUCUUACUAAGAGAUGUAGCCUCCGGACAGCAUGUGGUUCUAGCCUGCUCAGCUCUGAAGAAAGUGUACAGAGACAUCUUAAUACGAGGAAAAGAUGGUGGACCUCUGAAGUGUGAGCAGAUGCGGAAGGACAAACAGCCAGCUGAGGUGAAGCUCCUCGUGGUCUAUCUGAGUGGGUCGUUUGAGGUCAUCUCUGGACGCUUACUCAAAAGAAAAGGACAUUUUAUGCCCCCUGAGUUACUGCAGUCCCAGUUUGAUACUCUGGAGCCCCCAUCAGAUCCAGAAAAUUUCAUCCAAAUCAAUGUGGACAAAAAUCUUUCAGAGAUAAUUGCUACAAUUAUGGGAACUCUAAGAUAACAUGAAAACUGUUUCAGAUCAGUGGUCUGGAACAAUCAGGCAGAAAUUUCUAUCCCAACUCAAACUAUGUUCUAGUAUCUUUGUCAAUACUGUAUUCUAAAUUCUUAAGGUGAACAAACCAUAGUGUACUGAGAUAUGUGUGUUUGGGUAUGAUUUGAAGAAUCUGUGGUACUCUUGUCAUUGUGCUCUGGCACACUGGGAGGAGACAGGAGGGAACUUUGAAAGUAAAGCUUCACAGAAAUUCAAAUAUGAUCAGAGGGAAUUCUAUAAUCAAUGCUGUAAAUCACGACCUUAUUUAGAACCUUCUUGAUCAUGCCUAUAUUUGGACAAAUAAAUGAAACUUGGCUA